UUUUUUUUUUUUUUUAAAAAAAAGAACACUAAACCAAGCAAGCUAGCUAGCAUGGCAUCCAACGUGUUCGGACAGGCGGUGACUGACGAAAUGGUGCGGGUGCUCUUCCCCAACGCCAACCCAAUCACUAACUUGAACCGGGCAGAAGCAGCCUUGAGGUACAUAAACCACGAGGAUAGAGCUAUCAACGUGAACAGGUUUGUGCACAACCUCAAGGGCACGUGGGGCACGGGAACCUCCACGCUGGGCAUGGUGUACAACGCGACCGGCGGCAUCAUAUCCCUCAUGCAAGCCCACUCAUGGGAAGGCAACGUCUGGGGCCUACCCUUCCCUAUGAUCGUCCAAAACGGGCAGUGGUUCGGGUUUCUCUUUGUCCGUGAUCGCCUAAUGGGCUCUGCUAAGGGGGGUCUCGUCUAUAGAGGUAGGGACAACUCCGGGAAUAACCGUGAUUGGUUGAUCUCGUGGGAAACCACCCGCAUGAAUGCCCAGAACCGCGUGUUCGCCCAGGUUCGACUGUCGAAUAGUUUCAAUGCGUUGAAUUGGGGCACUAUCAACUUAUCAAUGGGAAGACAGCUUAACAAUUUUUCUAUUAUCGAAAAUGGAGGCUUUGCGAUCGUGGAGAUUAGGACGGGCAGUUCGCCCGAGUUUACUGGGAUAUUGUCGCUAGACAGUUUGUCCCCCCAAGCCAUGACUCAUGCUUCUGAUUUAAGGGUCGUCUUGCCGUUGCUCGACUCCAAAUACAAUGAUCUUGAUGCCACUGAAGAGGGUGGAGAGAAUAAUGAGGCAACUCCUGCUGCUACUGCUACUACUGCUGAGUAAUCGGCUUAUUGGAAUUUUAAACAUUACUAUUAUAUAGAUUUCCUCAAAUUAUAUUAAUAUUAAUAAUAUGGAACAAUUGAGGCAAGUGUAUGGUUACUACUGUUCAAUUGGCCAAGUCUAUUUGGGGGGAGAUGGUAGUAGUGUUGGAUGUAUUAACCACCAAUGUUGGUUCUUGUUGUGCAUUUUCGUUGCUUGUGGUAAUAAAAUCAAUGGUAGUAGAGUUGGAUGUGUUAACCUCCAAUGUUGGUUCUUGUUGUGCAUUUUCGUUGCUUGUGGAUGUGGUAAUAAAAUUAAUUUUAUACACGUU